GAGGACAUAAAGGCCUGGAUUCAGCUGAACCGCAUGGCCAAUGCCAGGUGAACUUCAGAGGUGAGGUCCUGAGGGGCUGAGAGACUGAAGCUAGUGAAAGAGGCGUGCUGUGAACCCCUCCGUCCAGGAGAGAUGAAGCUGCUGCUGGCACUUGCAGGGCUCCUCUUGGCCAUUCUGGCGGUGCCCCAGCCCUCUGAAGGUGCCAGUCCAGCUGUCCUGGAGGCAGUGGAGACCUCGGUGGUGCUGACCUGCUUGGAGGAGGCCAAGCGGCUAGUGGACACGGCCUACAAGGAACAGCGGGAGAGCAUCAAGCAGCGGCUUCGCAGUGGCUUGGCCAGCCCCAUGGAUCUCCUGUCCUACUUCAAGCAGCCGGUGGCAGCCACCAGGACAGCCGUGAGGGCUGCUGACUAUCUGCAUGUGGCCCUAAGCCUGCUGGAGGGGAAGCUGCGGCCUCUGCGGCCAGGGCCCCUCAACAUCACCGACGUGCUGACACCCGCGCAGCUGAAUCUUCUGUCCAAGUCCAGCGGCUGCGCCUACCAGGACGUGGGGGUGACGUGCCCCGAGAAAGACAAGUACCGCACCAUCACCGGGCAGUGCAACAACAGACGCAGUCCCACGCUGGGGGCCUCCAACCGCGCCUUCGCGCGCUGGCUGCCGGCCGAGUACGAGGACGGCUUCUCGCUGCCCUUCGGCUGGACGCCCGGGGUCAAGCGCGGCGGCUUCCCGGUCCCCCUGGCGCGCGCCGUCUCCAACGCCAUCGUGCGCUUCCCCACGGAGCAGCUGACCCCGGACCAGGAGCGCUCGCUGCUGUUCGUGCAGUGGGGCCAGCUGAUCGACCACGACCUCGACUUGAGCCCGGAUCCCGGCGCCCUGGCGUCCUUCAUCACUAGUGUCGACUGCAAGACCAGCUGCGAGCAGGAGCCUCCCUGCUUCCCGCUCAAGAUCCCACCAGAUGACCCCCGCAUCAGGAACCAGCGUGACUGCAUCCCCUUCUUCCGCUCCUCCCCAGCCUGCACAGAGAGCAACAUCACCAUCCGCAACCAGAUCAAUGCGCUCACCUCUUUCAUGGACGCCAGCAUGGUGUAUGGCAGUGAGGACCCUUUGGCCACUAAGCUUCGAAACCUGACUAACCAGCUGGGGCUGCUGGCCGUCAACACCCGCUUCAGUGACAAUGGUCGGGCCCUGCUGCCCUUUGACAACCUGCAUGAUGACCCCUGCCUCCUCACCAACCGCUCUGCGCGCAUCCCCUGCUUCCUGGCAGGGGACCCCCGCUCAAGUGAGAUGCCCGAGCUCGCCUCCAUGCACACACUCUUUUUGCGGGAGCACAACCGGCUGGCCACACAACUCAAGCGCCUGAACCCAGGCUGGGAUGGAGAGAGGCUCUACCAAGAAGCUCGCAAGAUCGUGGGAGCCAUGGUCCAGAUCAUCACUUACCGGGACUACCUGCCCCUGGUGCUGGGACCACAGGCCCUGAGGAAGUACCUGCCGCGCUACAAAUCCUACAAUGACUCGGUGGACCCUCGAAUCUCCAAUGUCUUCACCAAUGCCUUCCGCUAUGGCCACACCCUCAUCCAACCUUUCAUGAUCCGCCUGAAUAACCAGUACCAGCCCAUGGGGCCCAACCCCCGCGUUCCACUCAGCAAGGUCUUUUUUGCUACCUGGAGAGUAGUGCUGGAAGGUGGUAUUGAUCCCAUCCUUCGGGGCCUCAUGGCCACCCCUGCCAAGCUGAAUCGCCAGAACCAAAUCGCGGUGGAUGAGAUCCGGGACCGGUUGUUUGAGCAGGUCAUGAGGAUCGGGCUGGACCUGCCUGCCCUGAACAUGCAGCGCAGCCGGGACCACGGCCUCCCAGGGUACAAUGCCUGGCGGCGCUUCUGCGGGCUCCCGCAGCCCCGCUCGGUGGGCGAGCUGGCCACAGUGAUGAAGAACCUGGGCCUGGCCCAGAAGCUGAUGCAGCAGUACGGCACCCCCGACAACAUUGACAUCUGGAUGGGCGGUGUGGCCGAGCCCCUGGAGCCCAACGGCCGCGUGGGCCCGCUCCUUGCCUGCCUCAUUGGGACCCAGUUCAGGAAGCUCCGAGACGGUGACCGGUUUUGGUGGGAGAACCAGGGCGUGUUCACCAGGCAGCAGCAGCGGGCGCUGGCCAAGAUCUCCUUGCCCCGCAUCAUCUGUGACAACACGGGCAUCACCACCGUGUCCAAGGACAACAUCUUCAUGUCCAACACGUUCCCCCGGGACUUUGUCAGCUGCAAUACGCUCCCUGCAUUGGACCUGACUCCCUGGAGGCAGAGUGACUAGAGGCUGAGUAAGGGGGUGUGGCGGUGAGGUGAAGCUUGGGCGUCCCUGGGCUGGCCCACUGGGACCACAGGGAUUUCCCUUCCCUAGGUGAGCCCGUCCCUGUUCUGACCAAGAACAUGAAUGACUAGACAUUCAUUCGUGUGUGUGUGCGCAUGCAUAUGCAACGUAUAUAAAUUGCAUUUCAUAUGUGUGUGUU